AUGUCCAUACAACCUAGUGAGCAGCGAACACUUUCACCGAGCUGCGGCACCAGUGACAUCUCCAACAAAUACGUCAGAGGUAUACUUCAUCCACACGAACCAACUGCGGUGAUGAACAACGCCAAGGACAGACAAGAAAGCACGGGUACGGCAGAAAACCAAGGACCCGACGAUGACGGCCGUGCAGGUCACGAGGGAGGAAACGCGAGCAAUGCCACACCAACCGCCGAGCGCUCCAAGAAGCACCUUGAAUGGUAG